AUGAAGAUAUCUGUUACUUGUAUCCUUUUUCUCCUUUUUUGUGUCCUCUGUAACGCUAUUCAUGCUAGAACAUUAUUAUCAGGUGAAGGCGGUAUCUCCGAGAAGAAACUAGAAGAUCAUCCUGCGGAUAUUGGCGGCGAAGGAGGCGGCGGCGGUGGUGGAUUCGGUGGAAUUGGCGGCAGAGGACCAGGAUUUGGUGCAGGUGUUGGCGGAGGUGGAGGCGGCAGUUUUGGCGCUGGGAUUGAUGUUAACAUUGGGAGUGGUGGACUGGGGAUAGAUGCGGGGUUUGGCGGUGGCGUAGGUGGUGGUCUAGGUGGCGGUGGAUACUUUGGAGGUGGCGGUGACAAUGCAAGUGUGGGGCUGAGUGGUGUUAACAGGGCUGGCGGCGGCGGAGUGAAUGGUGGAUCUGGAGCGGUAACGCCGUGA